CAGCACCUUGGACAGAAGCAUCCUGCAGCCCUCCUUCCUCGCCUGUCUCUACUGGGCCCCAAAGCAAAAAAGGGGCUCCUGGGGGCUGCCAGGUCAACUUUCUUCUGGAAUUCAACUCCCCACAAUGAAGUUUUUACUGGCAAUUCUUGUGUUUGUUUUUUUCUCCUUAUAUAUUGAAGAAGUCUAUUCCAAAGAGAAAUCAUCAAAGAAAGGAAAAGGGAAAAAGAAGCAAUAUCUCUGCCCUUCGCAACAAUCAGCUGAAGACCUUGCAAGGGUACCAGUUAAUUCCACCAGCAACAUAUUGAAUAGACUUCUGGUUAGUUAUGAUCCUAGGAUAAGACCAAAUUUCAAAGGAAUCCCAGUUGAUGUAGCAGUCAAUAUUUUCAUUAAUAGUUUUGGAUCAAUACAAGAGACAACUAUGGAUUAUCGAGUAAACAUCUUCCUAAGACAAAAAUGGAAUGAUCCUCGACUUAAACUUCCCACUGACUGGAAAGGAUCUGAAUCAUUAACAGUGGAUCCCACCAUGUUUAAAUGUCUGUGGAAGCCUGAUCUAUUCUUCGCAAAUGAAAAGAAUGCCAACUUCCAUGAUGUGACUCAAGAAAAUAUUCUUUUAUUUAUAUUCCGUGAUGGAGACGUUCUUGUCAGCAUGCGAUUAUCCAUUACUCUGUCAUGCCCACUGGACUUGACCUUGUUUCCUAUGGAUACCCAGCGUUGCAAGAUGCAGUUGGAGAGCUUUGGUUACACUACUGAUGAUUUACGAUUUAUCUGGCAAUCUGGUGAUCCUGUUCAGCUAGAGAAAAUUGCUUUGCCACAGUUUGACAUCAGGAAAGAAGAUAUUGAAUAUGGCAACUGUACCAAAUACUACCAAGGGACUGGUUAUUACACGUGUGUAGAAGUGAUCUUCACUUUAAGAAGACAAGUUGGCUUUUACAUGAUGGGAGUCUAUGCUCCCACAUUGCUAAUUGUCGUGCUUUCAUGGCUGUCAUUUUGGAUCAAUCCUGAUGCAAGUGCUGCAAGAGUACCACUGGGUAUCUUUUCUGUGCUCAGCUUGGCAUCGGAAUGUACUACCCUUGCUGCUGAACUCCCCAAAGUGUCUUAUGUGAAGGCCUUAGAUGUAUGGCUGAUUGCGUGCCUUCUCUUUGGUUUUGCUUCGCUGGUUGAGUAUGCCGUGGUUCAAGUCAUGCUGAACAAUCCAAAGAGAAUUGAAGCUGAAAAGGCAAAGAUUGCUAAGGCAGAACAAGCAGAAGGGAAAGGUGGAACUGCAGCUAAAAAGAAUACAGUUAAUGGCACAGGCACCCCAGUCCACAUCAGUACUUUACAGGUUGGAGAGACACGUUGCAAAAAAGUUUGUACGUCAAAAUCUGAUUUGAGAUCCAAUGAUUUCAGCAUUGUCGGAAGUCUGCCAAGAGAUUUUGAACUGUCAAACUAUGACUGUUACGGAAAGCCCAUUGAAGUCAACAAUGGGCUUGGGAAAUCUCAGGCAAAGAACAAUAAGAAGCCUCCUCCACCAAAGCCUGUCAUCCCAUCAGCAGCAAAACGGAUCGAUCUUUAUGCCAGGGCACUGUUUCCAUUUUGCUUCCUGUUCUUCAAUGUCAUAUACUGGUCUGUAUAUUUAUGAUAAAUCUUUUUUUAAAAAAAGAAAGAAAGAGAGAGAGAGAGAAAGAAAAAGUGUGUGCAAUAUGCCAUAUCAUUCCAUCAUGAAGGCCAGUCUGCAACAAUUAUUUGCAUUUGCAAAGCAAUAUAUUGCAUAUUAGAUGCCAUAUGGGAUUGUAAUUGGGGGCGGGGGUGGGGAAUGGCAUCAUGAUUUUGAAUGAAAGCAUGACACUGCAAUGUCUGUGCUUGAACCAACUGUUGUAUAUAAGUGUACAGCAUACAUCUUGCUUUAGGAAUAUACGAAGGAUAACGCAUACUACAUUACUGAAGCUGGACAACAUUCCCUAUGAACAUAACCAAGAGUCAAAGUGUUUCUGAUAACGAAACUGAUGUGCACGCCGAGUAUCAGUAAGAUCAAUAUUCUAGUGUAUGUAGUAUUUAAAAGUUCUCCUUAUAACUUUCAAAGCCAAAACCCAUCUUGUUCUUGUAUAAAGUUAAAUGGCACUGUGGAAGAACAAGCUGAUGUUGUAAUUCAAAUUAUGUAGAGUUUGUAAGUGGGCAAAGUAUAUAUUAAGCUGAUCUUGUUUAUGUAAAAAAUAAAGAUCAGAGAAUUAGUAGUUUUGCAAAACCAGACCAUUUAUUAAAACCUGAAUUGUUGCGGCAAAAAAGAGAACAAAUGUGUUUAUCACACACAUUGGACUGAGACCGGCUCAACUUUACAAGAUCUGAAAAAGUCAGAGACUGAAGAUUUCUAGGCUAUCUACAAGGUCAUUUACAGAGCAAUCACCUUAGGACAGGGCUGGAGAUAAACUCCUGACAGAAAGGCCUCUAUAUCCUUAUUUGUGCACAGUUUGAAAGCAGAUGAGAAAAACAUGCAAUCAGAAAAUACAAAAGAGGGUUUUAAAAAGACAGACACAUGGUAUCUCAGGAAAAACUGCCAUAGCCAGACAAGCAAUCAUGGAUGAAACCAGUGAAGACACCCAUACCUUGAGACAACUAAUGCAUUCUGAAUAGUGCGGAUAUCCUUCAGCACACUGCCUGCAUCACCAGAUAUACAAUAUGGGUAACCCCCAUACAAUUAGUAUAAAGGCACAGCCCACAGUAAACCCACUCCAUCCAGUUGCCAGAUACCCCUCCCAGCUGGAAUAAACUCACUUUAUGGUCCUUAACAACUACUGUUUUGCAAACAAUGCAAAAACAAAGGGGGGAAGUACAAAAGGCACAGUAAGGUUGAUGCAGUGUUCUCUGGGCAGGAUGCUUUCAGAGAGCAUGUAAAAUUUGCUCAAAUGUGGGUUUAGGACUGGAGGUUGGAAAUAAUUUGAUAAAAUGUUAUUUGUUAUGCCUAAUUAAUUAAAACUAUCAAUGAUUUUUUAAAAUCAUUAUUUUAAUUAAUAAAUCCCAUCAACACAACAUUUCUGAACAAUGGUUAACAUUCGGUGUUCAUUUCUCUGUUACUUUUGGGGCCAAUAAUUCUGGAGUCUAAUCAUUUGGAGUAUUUUUCAUUCUUUUCUAAAAAUAAUUUAAACCAUGUUAAUAAUGCAGCA